UUUGUGAAUAUGGGAUACAGGCAGCACUAAACUGAAGAUAAAGUAUCCGUGCAAUCAUGGGGCCAGUGACCUGCGCUGUGAGGGGAGAAUUAAUACUGUUCUAGAAAAUGCAAAUAAAAUAAUGGAUGGUCCCUUAGUUUCUCCCUAGUAAAGCCCUGAUUUGCGAACACAGCUAAAGACCUGAGAUCUUCAUAAACCUCACCUAAAGUACAAGGGCUGAGCAUGGUACAAGCCCUCUUAUACUCUCUGUCUUUGCAACACAAUCACCCAACAGAAGAAAAGUAACAUAGGAAGGCAGUGGAAAAUACUAAAGCUGUUGAUUUUGAAGCAAUCUGUAUGGAAAAGGACACUUUUCCCUGUGUUGCGGUUUGUUUCUACCAGAAUGCUUGUGUUACAGAUGGAUGCAUUCGCUGAGCUGGACCACCCAGGAACUCGUGACAGAUGACAGAAGAAAAGCCAAAAAGCCGUGACUCCAGUUCUCGAUGCUGACCACGAUCUCCAGCAAGCAGAGGGAACACGUUCGUGAGGAGCGGAGGAGCUUUCUCUGCAAGAGCACAGCACUCGAUUUUCCCUCCAGAGGCUGCACAAGUCGUGCUCCAAAGGACUGUGCAAGUGUGGAGCUGAACACCACAACCGAGAAGGCAGAGUAUCCCACACUGUUGUACAAAGGACAUGCUCUGUUUACAUUUCAUCUCAUCUCACUGCUUGGAAGACGAAAACAGAUGGGAACCUCUUAUAGUACAAUCCAGCAAUAAACAGUGGAAAAAAACAGCUAUUAUCCUCUUCUUGGGAGUUACCUUCAUUUCUGUGAGUAGCAGUUUACAUUCAUCAUGCAGCUGCUGCAAGCGAGCCUUGCAGUUUGAGACGCAUCAUAUAUUCGGCAGCACUGAGAUCACAGUGACGUGCAAGGCAAGGCAAGAGAAUCACCCCUUCAUCCAUUCCAAAAAUACUCCUGUUACAGCCAGCAGGAGUACGCGCUGCAGCCGAUCCAUCCACCACCAAAAAGACCCAAGUUGUGUUUCCAACUGCUCCAUUUUCCCAAGACUGAAGGACAUCACAGAGACAGGAACGUCAUGAUCAAAACAGCUGCUUUCAAGCUCCAGCCAAGACUUCUGCCUGCUAAUUUCUGUUUAAACGAGUUUGUAUGAGAAAUUAAGCAAGUUCGAACAGCCUAUGUUUUCUGACAGCCUUCAGAGGACUUCACGCUGUGCAAGUUUUACAUGCUCGUAGCUGACAGCUUGCUGGGGAGAUGAGUUCUCGAUCUAAAACCGUCUGGUGCUUUGCAGCAACUUCUUGGGUAGAGAGAUAACUUCCAGCUGAACUCAAACCACCUGCGCUUUGUGCAAGGGAUCCAACCAUAACUUGAUAUGGAGGCUGAUUUUUAAGAUGAAUACCUACCUUGGCGAUAAAUCCAAUUCAUCAAUACCGGGAUAUUUGAAACUGUCUGCACUAAAUAAUGGCAAUCUUUCUGCAAACAGCUCCAAUGAGACAGCAAGCAAUCUGGAUUCACCUGCCUUGGAUAUCAGUAGGGCGAUAAUUGUGGGGCUCAUCCUAGGUGCCUUUAUACUCUUUGCUAUUAUAGGUAAUAUCCUGGUAAUUCUCUCUGUUGCUUGCAAUAGACAUUUAAGAAUCCCUACAAACUACUUCAUCAUUAACCUCGCAAUAGCAGAUUUGUUGCUGAGUUUUACUGUCCUUCCAUUCUCUGCUACACUGGAAGUCCUUGGCUACUGGGUUUUGGGGAGGAUAUUUUGCGAUAUCUGGGCAGCGGUUGAUGUGCUAUGCUGUACAGCUUCUAUUUUAAGUCUAUGUGCAAUUUCUAUAGAUAGAUAUAUAGGGGUACGUUAUUCUCUCCAGUAUCCAACUUUGGUAACAAGAAGAAGGGCAAUUUUAGCUCUCCUAGGUGUAUGGGUCCUUUCCAUGGUGAUUUCUAUUGGGCCUCUUUUGGGCUGGAAAGAACCAGCACCCAAGGAUGAUAAAGAGUGCCGUAUCACUGAAGAACCAUUCUACGCUUUGUUUUCUUCCUUGGGGUCAUUUUACAUUCCUUUAAUCGUCAUCCUCGUGAUGUACUGUCGGGUCUACAUAGUGGCAAAAAAGACUACGAAAAACCUGGAAGCUGGGGUUAUGAAAGGGAUGUCUAACUCCAAGGAGCUGACUUUACGGAUUCAUUACAAGAACAUUCAUGAGGACACAUUAAACAGCACCAAGUCCAAGGGCCACAAUCCCAGGAACUCCUUAGCUUUCAAACUUUUUAAAUUCUCUAGAGAAAAGAAGGCAGCCAAGACACUGGGAAUUGUGGUUGGCAUGUUCAUCUUGUGCUGGCUACCUUUCUUCAUUGUUCUGCCAUUAGGAUCUCUGUUUUCAGCUCUGAAGCCCCCUGAAACGAUCUUCAAGGUGAUUUUUUGGCUUGGCUACUUUAACAGUUGCUUGAAUCCAAUCAUCUACCCUUGCUCAAGCAAAGAGUUCAAGAGGGCUUUUAUACAGAUCCUAAAAUGCCAGUGCCACCGUCGAAAGCAGUUGGGGUGGUGGGCCUACAGCUACAGAAACUGGAAUCGGUGCUCCUUUGAACACCCUAGAAAGGACUCUCUGGAAGACAGCGGGAGUUUCCUAAGCGGCAGCCAGAGGACAUUAUCUUCUGCAUCUCCCAGCCCCGGCUACCUGAGCAAAAUCACUCACCCACAUAUGGAGAUGUGCACAUUCCAGGAAUGGAAAAGCUCCAACUCUUUCCUGAGCCCCUUACAGGAAGGCAGCAGGCAAAAGGACCCAUGCCACUUCUUCACCUUCAAUCUCUUAACAGAGCGCAAUGGGCAUGUUCCUGCUGGCAGCCAAGCUUCCAGCAAUGAGGACCACGAGGCCAUCUGUGACACACUGAAUGGCAAAACCGACCGCAGAGCAAACGUGAUGCUGGAAUGAACAGAUUCUCAACAGUCUGUUCUCUUUGUACACAAAUUCGUUUGAUGUUUAGCCCAGGUGAAGAAACAGACCCUUGCACAGUUUCUCAGUACAGCUCUAGAAGGAAGCCAGUGAUGAAGAGGUAGAUUUAUGUGACGAGAGUGGCACAGUGUAGGGGCUCACCAUAGCCCCAGUCAGUUGCCAGAGAGGCUACUGAACCAAGAAUGGAAUGCAGGGAAAGUGCCACAUAAACCCAGGGAAGUGCACAUUCAAUUAUUUAGCUGUCAUGGAAGUGCUGUGGAACAGCCAAACACAUAUGUAUAUAGAAAGAAUGUAUAAAUACGGGGGUGGGCAAGGGAAAUGUGUAUGAAUGUGUGUGUGUACAUGUGUGCUAGCCGCAUGUAUGGAUGGUUGAGAGUGGAAGUGAGCAAUGCAGUGUUGUUUGUAUCUCUGCAGGGUACCAGUUGCCGCUGAUUUUGCCUGUAAAUUCUUACUGUUGUUGUACUUCACUGUACAUUAGCACUUUAAAAAUGGAAAAAAAAUGUCAAAGAUUAAAGUAAUUUCGCAACAACAUAAAUUCCCGCACCUAUUACUGUAGGACUGGAAUUCAGCCAAGUUCCCUCAUCACAGUAUUUGCUUCAAAAUAAAACACUCAUAGCGGUUAA